CGAGCAGUGGGAGCAGGCGUUCACGAGCUACCUAUCAAUGUCGAUGGCUGGCAUGAAGACUGCCGAUGUCACCCGAUGUCGCAUUCUCAAGGCAAACCACCUUUGCUGUACCAUUCUCGCGUCGGAUGGAGGAUCUGCCAGGGCAUUCGAUGGAUUCGAUGCUGAAUUCCAAGCAAUUGUUGAGCUAGCGGGUGCAGUGUUGCAGGCACGGCCAAGAUCGAAUGCUUCAUCGAGUUCUGAAUCCCCGACAGAAUCAACGCCAGUUUCGAGCACGCUCGAUGUGCAAGAACCGCUCUACGUCGUCGUUGCUCGAUGCAACAGAAUCUCAACCCGAAAUACGGCGCACGAGCUGCUACAGAAGACUAGUCAACGCUGACGACAUUUCACGAAAACUCUUCUGGUUGACACACUGCAUCAUGGUGAUGCAGUCAUGCGAUUGCGUACCAUAUCCCAACUCAGUAUGUGUGCUUUCAGCACAUGGACCGGCAGGAUUCCGCGCUCUACCAUCGAACGUCUAGGGUUGCUGGUCAACUGCUAGCGCAUCCUCCAGCUUCAGUUUGCCAUGUGGAGUAUGCUUGGCCGAAUAAGGCGGACAUCUGUUCCCUUUACCGUGCGGCUUCCUGAAUUGCCAUCCGAUGCACAUCAACUUCUCAUAGGCUGCGGGCACCACGAACUCAGCUGGAGAACCAGAGCCCUACCUCCCCAAGCGCUGUGGCUGCAUAAACACGGCGGCCGAUGGCAAUGCUGCAGCCGAUGCAGAAUUUUCAACCGAAAGAGACUUUGCCGGAAAUCCCGAGCUGCAGGAGGCGCAACGUGAGAAUGCGAAGCGAGCGGCGUAGAUGUGGCUACAUACCUGCCUUACGAGGCAUCGGCAUACCGUUCGCAUUACUGUCCUUCAGACUUCAGUGCUGCAGUGCUGGACGCCCGACGGGAUUUCACUAUGGACAUUCCGACCGUGAAAAUUUCCUGAACUGGCAAUUCUUUCGGAUCAAGGUCAGGCGUUGCGUUUUGCUAUGCGUUUCUGGGACAGGAUUGCUAUCAUUGCACGCAAGAUUAACUACAUGUGUAUACUUUGUUGCGAGCACCGCAUUUUGAAUCGCCCCGAGGAAUGUAGAUCAUGAUAGUAUCGGAGUGCAAAGGGCUAUCAAGUAAAUGUCGAGUGAUCAGAUACAUGCGGAGAAUGUCAAGUGUCAGCGACCGUG